AAAGUUGCUUGUCCAUUCUCACUGCUCAUCUAAAAUGGCUGAUUCGUCGUCUAGCAAGUUCCAGUUUGCAAUCGACCGUGGCGGCACGUUUACUGACGUCUAUGCACGGUGUCCAGGCGGAAGAGUAAGAGUGAUGAAGCUUCUUUCUGAAGAUCCCAGUAAUUAUUCUGACGCGCCGAGAGAAGGCAUCAGACGAAUCAUGGAGGAGGUGACGAGCGAGAACAUGCCUGCAUCUCAACCAAUCAAUGCUAAUUUGAUUGAUUGGAUUAGGAUGGGCACCACAGUAGCUACCAAUGCACUAUUGGAAAGAAAAGGAGAACCAAUGGCUCUUGCUAUCACUAAAGGUUUUCCUGAUUUACUUUAUAUUGGAAAUCAAUCAAGACCAAAGAUAUUUGAUUUGAUUUCCCCUGUUCAAUGA